AUGGGGGAGCCGCCUAGAGAUUCUCGAGGUGCUCCUUCCUUUGCUUCGGUGGUUGUUGCUGCCGUGAAUCCUUUUCUUGCGGUUCUUGAUCCACCGGCGGUGGAUAUUCCUUUGAAGGUACCUUCGAUCAAAUGGGGAGAACCGACGGUACUAUUCUCAGAAGAAGAUAUUGAGAAAUCUCUCUCCCCUCUCCAAUUUGCUUUGGUUGGAAAAUGUUCAUAUGGUCGUCCUUCCCUAGCGGAUAUUAGGGAAUUUCUGGUAGGUACUUUUAGACUCCAAAAAGACAUUGUGGUCACCGCAUUAGAUUCGAGACAUGUGCUUCUUAGAUUUGAAAGUGAGGAGGAAUACCUUAGGGCUUGGCUGAGACAGGCUAUUAUUAUCACGGAUUUUCUGCUAACAUUUCUGAAAUGGACGCCUGGGUUGGAGUUAGGUUGGGAACCAUUAGUGGUUCCUCUUUGGAAUUUUCUACCAAUGUUGCCAGUUAAUUUUUACAAUGACAAGUACCUGCGAUCAAUUGUGCAGGUAGCAGGAAGGGUGCUAAAAGUUGAUCCGGCUACUGCUCGUUUGACCAGAACAACCGCAGGUAGGGUUUGCAUGGUGGUGGAUCUGCUGAAAGAAAACCCUAGUCGUGUUUGGGUUGGGCUCAGCAAGGAAGGUUUCUGGCAGAAAAUUGUUUAUGAGAACCUUCCCAAAUAUUGCACUUUUUGCUUCAAACAUGGUCAUGGUGAGGGGGAAUGCAAACUAAAACUGAAGAGAAAUUUGAAAUCUGAGGGAGAAGUCACCAAGUCUAAACCCACUUCAGCUAAAAUGCUUGUUAAUCCUGAAGCACCUAGGAAAGAACAAACUUUGAAGCAGGUUUACUAG